UUGCAAUUGAGGACGGGCUUGGGCAGGUUGCUCUUGGCAGUAUCUUGUUGACCUCUCAGCGCCUCGACGCCAGCUUCCCAAUGCGACAGCUACCUGAGACGACAGUGAGCAUGGAUGCGAACGGCGACACAGCGUCUCUGAAGAGGAAGCGUGAGCCGAAGGACGACGUGCCUCUAUCACAGAAGAAGCAUCGGCGGAGGUCGAUAUCACGUCUCGAAGGGAACGAUGUUCCGAAAGAUGCUGCCAGCCUCAAGACAGUCGCACAACAAGUUGACGGUGACCUUGAGCUUCCGGACGCGACAUCCCAACCGCCAUCUGGCCCAGUUCGGGAGAGGUUAGCAUCAUGGAAGGUGUCGCAGCCAAUGGGUGGCAGAAUGCUGGAUAUCGAUCCGGUUUUCUCACCUGACGAAAAGCAUUUGAUUGUCACUUACAACACCUCCAUCCAAGUGUACUCGACCGAAGACUCUCUGCUCGUCCGUAGGAUUGCGCUCCCGGUCACAAGGACGGACGACGCAGCCGGUUUCUUUUCAGCACACAUUGUCUCGUCGAUGCUAUCCAAAGCAGAUCCCGACUAUAUUUGGGUUUCAUGCUCUGAUGGUCGCAUUUGGUUCAUCAACUGGACAUCGGGUGCCGGCGCAGACACUCCUUUCACUGUCGAGGUCAAGAAGGUGUUGGAUGCGACCGUGGAGGCGGUAGAGAUAGGUGGCAGGACGGAAGAUGUCUUGCUGGUUCUGCAGAGGCUCACAUGGAGCUCCGCACAAAUAGUCGCCUACGACGCCAAGGCCCUCUCGACAAGAAGCGGCAAGCUUUUGCACACGUACGGCGAGAGCCCGCAGUUGCUGCGGUCGGUUUCUGGUGGGCGACUGGUUUUCGCCGCGGCAAAGCAGGCAUUGCACGUGGGGUUUCUGAAGGCGAAGAAGCUGCGGUCACUGGACGAUCUGAGUUAUCGCUUCCACUGCUUCGAUGUUCCCGAUAUCAUCAGCUGCCUGGAUGUCCGUCCAGUGGUCCGGCUGACGAAGAACGGAGGACUUGAGAUCCAGAGUGUCGACCUCGCCGUCGGCGGCGCUCGGGGCGCCAUCUACGUGUACCAUGAUCUGCUGUCCAAGUUACCCCGGGAGGAGCCUGGAUCUCAAAAGGCAGGCGUGAUUCUACCAAAGAAACAUCACUGGCACCGUAGAGCGGUUCACAGCGUCAAGUGGUCCGAGGAUGGCAACUAUCUCAUCUCCGGAGGGUACGAGACCACUCUUGUCCUCUGGCAGGUUGACACCGGAAGACGGGAUUACCUGCCUCAUCUCUCUGCGGCCAUCGAGAACAUCGUGGUCUCACCUCGAGGUUCCUCGUACGCCAUUCAUCUGGACGACAACUCGACCAUGAUUUUAUCCACGGCGGAGAUGAAACCGACGAUGUACGUGUCGGGCAUUCAAUCCCUUGUCCUGGGUGAUCGCCCUUCCAAGGAGUCGUUGGUUCGCCGCGUGUGGCGACCUGUGGAUGAGAUUGCGGAUCCCGUGGUCGCGGCUGUCAACCCUCGGAGUCCGUCGCAAAUGUUCCUCUGCGUCGGCAACGGGCAGCAGGCUUCUCUUGGAGAAGGGACGUGCUCUACGCCUCUUGUUCAGGUUUUUGACGUCGCCUCCUUCUAUGGUGUCGCGAAGCACGCUAUUGCGCGCACCAACCCCACGGACACCAACAUCACCAGCGAGGGGGCGCCCAUCACAGAACCGACCGUCACUAAGUUAGCUUUCUCUCGAGACGGCAAGUGGCUCGCUUCUGUGGAUGAAUGGCAACCGCCCGAACGAGAUGCAAAUGCUCUUCUGACGGGAUCAAAAACACCCGCUCAGGUUUGCCGGGAGAGGCGAGAGAUAUAUCUCAAGUUUUGGGAUGUCGGUGGAGAUGAGCAUUCCUUCGAGCUUGUUACUCGCAUCAACGACGCUCAUUACACGGAACAAACGGAGGCGAUAUUCGACCUCGCUAGUGAUCCGACUUCAACUCGGUUUGCCACCAUUGGCAACGAUGGCAUGGUGCGCUUCUGGACUCCGAGGUUACGCAAGAGAGACGGGCUCGCGGCCACCGGCCCUAGUGGUGAACCCUUGCGAAGCUGGACGUGCUCUAGGGCUGUUCCGCUUCCCGUCUACGAAGAGCAGGAUGACACCACUGAGGUUCUCAGGAACAGUCCUCGCAGCGGUGCCAUUGCCUUCUCAGAAGACGGGUCUGUCCUUUUCGCCGCCUUUGGCCCUCCGUCUGGGGCUCUUGUCGUUGCCAUCGACACGGAGACGGGUGCGUUCCGGGAUGUCAUCUCGGGCAUGUGCAAGGGCGAAAUCCGCGCGAUACAGUCCCUGUCCUCCUGUCUCAUCAUUCUCUCGGAGGACCUUGUCGUCUACGACAUUGUGUCAGACGAGCUACUCUACAGUUACUCUCUGAAGGAGACGUCGGCGGCAGCCAAACGACUCACUCAGCUUGCGGUCAACCACGAGUCAAGGAGUUUUGCGCUUGCGGCGCCCAUUCCGAAUCCUAGCCAAGAGAAGAUGCGGAAGGGUUUGAGGUCAGAAUUGGUCGUCUUCAACGUGGAGGAAGAUGAGCCACAGAUGGCCCAGACGUUUUCGCAGCUAAUCAUCUCCGUGUGCGCCGCGCCAUCGUCAUCCGGAUUCAUCGUUGUCGAUGCCGCAGCACAGGUCUGGUCCGUAACUGAAGGCACCGAGCAGGCACCGCUGCUACGACCUUUGGCAGACCUCGGCGUGGAUGGCAAUGCUCCUGGAGAGGAAGACGCGGCAUCUCAGCAGCUCUUGCUGGAGGCGGGCGAGCUGAGCGACGAGGAGAUGCCGGACGAGGAGGACCAAGACGUGGAAAUGGAGGACGAUGAAGACACCCACGCUGCUGUCGUGGCGCCUCAGCGAUUGGCCGAGAUCUUCAAUGCUGCGCCAGCCUUCGCCAUGCCGCCCAUUGAAGACAUUUUCUACCAAGUGGCCGGACUGUUCGCCACAAAGCCUGUCAACGCCUAGAUCCAGCCAAUUUUGGUCACAAAAUUCUUAGAAGCCCACAAAGGCCUCAUGCCUCACCGUUCGCGUGUUUCAGGCAGGAGCUGCCUCUCCACGCUG